AUCUUCAUACAUUUAUAAUUUUGCACAUAUGACCAAAAAUUUCUACGUUUAUAUAAUUCGAUAUUAUGUCGUAAAGUAAUUGAUAAUAUGAUACUAAUUUACAUAUAGAUGUGCAAAUACAAGAGACCACUGAUGUCAUUAGCACUUUCAUUACCAUGUCCACGGUUCCGGUAAAGCCACUAACUCCGGUUGGCUUACAUCCUAUUCGCCGGAACCUCACUAGUACGACGACUUUGAAAUCUCAGGCAAUGCUCACCGCCGUUCCGAGCAAGCAUAUUAUCGGGUUGUCUACUUAUAAUAGAUGCUUUGAGUUUAAAUCUUGGAGCCAAAUGAGAAAUCCAGCGUUUUUAAGCCACCGUCGGCGAGUUAGCACGGUGGUGGCUUCGGCGGGAAACAUAACUGCACCGUCGUCUUGGGAGUCUUGGAUGCCAGAUAAGAACGCGGCGGCGACAACUCUAUUGCUGAGUGAUGUCAUUUGGCCCGCAGCUGAAAUACAAUAUAUUUUUAGCUCAAAUAGCCUGUGCUGCGAUUGGAGUGGUAGCGUUCUCCGUAUUCGGUCCAGGUUGGCUCGCCCGGAGCGUUGCCCUCGCCGCUUCUAUCGCUUUUAUGGUCAUUGCUCGUGCCAAUCACCCUCCUGCGGCGAGCCUACCACUAAUGUUCAUAGAUGGAGCAAAGUUUCAUCACUUGAAUUUAUGGUACGCAUUGUUCCCAGGGGCAGCCGCAUGUGUCAUUCUAUGCCUGCUCCAAUCGAUCAUAUGCUACUUGAAGGAAAACAUAAAAUUUUGAUGAAUCCUCAAGCGACACCAUACGAUCGAAUGAUAUAUAUAAAUAAAUGUACAAAUACACAUACUGAUGGAACCAUUGUGAAUGUAUUUGAUUCAUCUAUGUAUACCCUUGUACGUAUCAAUACGUUCAUUCAGAAUAUGGAGUUCACUUUCUUUCUUUCUUUUUAGUUAUCAUCUGAUGACAUUUAACGUAUCACAAAAUAGACGGGUUAGUUCCUUUGUUUCUUUAUACUUUAUUAUUUACUUGGCACUCCACGCAAGGUUUAAACUGAGUAUAUUUUGGUUAUUGUUGUCAACUAUAGAGUAUAGUCUAUAGAGAUAUACGACAGGUAGAACCAAAAUUACGUUACGUAUAACUUUAAUCGUGUUAAAUUUUUAUUAAUCAUGUGUAAAUUUCAUUUUAGACUCUUAGUGGUGGACUAUUUUGCACAUGUUUGGACGGCUAUCGUGGAGAUGUUGAGUUUCUAAAUAUGGAUAUAUGAAAACCUAGUUUGUUUGGGAAAUUAUGUAUACUAAUUAAUUAAUGUAUGCUCCUUUUUUGCAUUCCACUACGUAACUGAGCUUAAUUGUAAGAAUGAAAGAUUAUACAAAAUUUUCCAGAAAUUUAUGUGCAAUAAGAAAACUAAAAGAUUAUUUGAUGAUUCAUAUUUAUUCAGAUGAAUCCAUAUAAUUUCUGUACAUGUCUUUUUUUUUUUUUACCCAAAAAGUAUUUUCAACCGGAUUCGCCUUUACUAUUUUGAAUUUUACACCAAUAUACAGAUGGUCCAGUUGAUAGAUGUACAUGUGUUAGUCAGUCUUUCACCCACUGAAAGAAAAUGAAGUUGGUGGAAAGUUGAAAUGUGAGAGCUAAACUCUAUAUAUAUAUAUUUUUUCUUAAAAUAUAUGGCCUU